ACGGGCGAUGGCGGCGGCCCGUACGCUGCGGGGGGGCGGCUGUUGCCGCCACUGCCGUCUCCUUUUCUCCUCUUCCUUCUCCUCAGCCGGCGGUGGCCCCACGGCUCAGCGCGGGGAGCGGCAGGAGAGCGCGGGUCUGGGUUUCAGCCCCCCCGCACACUCCCGUAACGACUGGAUCGGUCCCCCUGACAAGCACUCCAACCUGCGGCCGGUCAUCUUCUAUGUGCCCCCUGAGGAGUCGCCCCUGGAGCGGCGUCUGCGGGAGGCGCGGCAGGAGGCCCAGGCCUGUGACCAGCACUUCUGGGCGCAGCACAACCGCACCUUCCGCCAGGAAAAAGAAGAGUUUAUUUAUUCAAGACUGAAAGCCAAGGGUCUGGAAAUGAGAGAUGAAACAGGUCAAAAAGCAACACUGAAUGCAGAAGAAAUGGCUGACUUUUACAAGGACUUUCUAAGUAAAAAUUUUAGAAAGCAUAUGCAGUAUAACAGCAUGGGUCUCUUAAUGCUGCUAAUUGAAACUGAUAAAUAUGCAAGUAAACCAGUUGAAAUUUCUAUAUAUAGUUGACUGGUAAAUAAGGACUGGUAAAUGUGAUUCAUCUCAGAGGAAAAUGGUUUCAUGAGAAUAAUAUUUAGUAUUCUUGGUUAUAUUAUUUUGCAAGCAUACAGUAAAAAUGAAAGUGAUUAGCCUUGAGUUUGAGGUCUUUUUGUGUGGCGAAGCAUUAGUAAAAUGAUCAUGUGAACUCAUCCUAUGUAGAACCUCAGCUACAGCAGGAUAAGCCCACAUCCACCAUGCCUCUUCACAACAUCUGCUGCGUUGUUUCAGCGUUACCGUUUGUACAGUAACUUGAUAAACUGGAUUUGAGAUCUGGAACAACUGAAAAACGACUUGCAAACACAUGUUACCCUGCUAGUAGCUGUGCACACUUGGUAGAGGGCAAGGAAUGAGAAGCUGGAGGAGGAGAGUACUUAGUCCAGUUACAGUAGCACUGUCCACUGAACAUGAAAACACAACUUCAGUUUCUUCUCUGCAUUGGAUUGAAAGAUUAUUGGGCUCAAAGGUGUCAAGUGUUAGUGGGUUCCUAAUGGUAUAAUGCUAGUGAGAAUUCUACCAUCACUAUAACUGAUCUACAACAAAUUGUGGUUUAGGAUUCUUUGUAUGUAUUGCGCAUAUACUGUAACACUAUACUGUAAGUACAAUUUUACUUUAACAAAUAUUUAAAACAAAUAUGCACAUCUUGUCUUGCGCACGGGGGGUGGCAGGGCGUGAAACCUCACUAAAUACCUAGGCAACAGCAUGAAAAGAUGGAAAGUAAAAAAUUCUUUUUAUUAGGAGGAUUGUUGUUCAAAUUGCCUAUAACUGAUGAGUGAGAAAGCAAAUAGGUUAUCUUAAAACUGGUCACCAGAUGCCAUUGUUGUAGUGACGUUGGGAUAGCAUCCCGUCUUCAUGGUAAGAGAGUUCAGGCUUUGCGCCUAAACAUUACCUUCCUUGUUGCUGCCUUGUACAAUCAGGUAGUGUAAGCUGCAUUGUUGUAGUUUCAAAGUGGAACUGCACAGCCCUGAAAUCAGUGGAGUUUUUAACAGGCAUUCUGAUUUUGAGGGGUCAUAUUUAUAAAAAUCUGUUUAUGCAUUCAGCUGUAUGUUCUUUUGCAGUGUUGCCAGCUGGCCUGAAAACUGCAGCUGCUGAAGCGUUGCAACUUCUAAAAUCUAGUUAAAAUUGAAACAAUGGCUGUGCAUAGACGCCAUGAAUAUUUAGUUCAGGACACUUAGACUGGAAAUACAGUGUAGUUUAGGAAAAAAAAUUCAAGAAGGGUAUAGGAAAUAAGACAUGAAAGGGGAAAAGAAGCAGUUGCAAUGUUAGCGUGAUAUUGUGAUUUAACAUGACAUUUCAGGGGGUAGCGCAGUGCUGCUUGUCAGCAUGAUUUUGGCCACUAUCCUUACUGAGAAGUUAGUAUCUCAGGUUUAUGUUAGAUCUGUACAUGCAAGGUUUUCCACAGACAUCUCAAGAGAAGACCUAAAUCCCUUAAUAUUCCCUCCUAGUUCUACAAUAAGUAUAUUCUAUUGUUUCUGCAGCAUUUUACAAAAUGGGGGAGUGAUCCUUAUUGGAAAUUACAAAGAAAUUAGGAAAUUAGUUUGUAACAGGGGCAAGAAUUUGAAGCAAGUUCUCAGAGGUUGAUACAGACUAUCUGAUCUAUAUCUUGAAUUGGCUCCAGAAGUCAUGCAUGCUGCCUAAAAAUGAUUUAAAUAUAUAAACACUAACUUUGGCAAUAUUAAAGGCAUCAUCUUUAAAGUGUACUGCGUUAGAAACCUAAUGUUUCCUGUAUUAGGUUAUACAAUUAGUCUUUGAAGUGUCAUUUUAUUUUUCUCCCCUUCAUAGGUGACCAGCUGUGCCCUUUCCAACACACGCAUUUUCAUACAUGCACAAACAAAUCCUACCCAUAGCACAGCACUGGUAGGAAAUUCUUCUAGGUAGCUUGCUGAUCUGCUUUACUUUUGAGACAUGGUUACAAUUAUUUUAUCUUACCUGAUUCCAAAUGCAAUUGGUCAUAAGACUACCCAUCCCUUAACUUUUUUACAGUUAAGUUCUCAAUGGUUAUAGCCCUACAGUCUACAUGUAAUCUGUUCAUGGAUGUGGAUAUUCAUAAACCUUUUUAUAGGUUAUUUAACUCUAAUUAGGCAUGAAAAUUGUUGCCACAAAGAAUGGAAAAGCAUGUUGUCACUGAAUUGUCAUUUGUCAAUUCCAAAGGAUAUUUUAAUAUAAUCAUGUGCCUUUCUCCUGUUCUUGUUCUGUGUGCUGAUGAUUUUCCUGGCUUUGGAAUCCUAGAGAUUGGUAUAAACGUAACUUUACUAUCACAUUCCUCAUGGGACAAGUAGCACUGGCAAGAGCUCUGAGGCGGCUUCGUUGGAAAAAGAAAAAUGUUGGAAAUCAGUGAUUGCAGCUCCAUGAAGAAUGCAACACUAGCUAGGCCUGCUAUAAACUUGUUGUUUAUAGUGAUGCUCACAAUCCGAAUGACUAAUGUAAUAAUUGCUUGAAUCUGUUUGUUAAACUAUGUAAAUAAAAGUUGUUAUUGGGCUUAAUUUA